GCACGCGCGUGAUGUGUACGCGCCGAUCUAGCGCGCGCGCUCUCUCGGUCAUUCGCGUUCCAGUCCAGCGAGGAGAGAAGCGUGCACGCGAAGGGAACAUGGAGCUGAGUGAGGAAAGCAGAGGAAGCAUCGACAUUGUUGCGUUAAGUUCGCGGUCUUAAACGUCGCGGGAUGUUAGGGUAGCUCCCCUGCAGUAAGAAGGAUUUUUACCCAGCAGCCCUUCUUCCUUCUUCCCCAAAACGUUACUCAUCCCUACUCCUGCAGUUUCCAUACAUUUUUAAACUUUUUUUUUUAUAUCAACAUGGACUGCGGAGAACACAUCUCGGCUCAAGACGAAAGUUUUAAAUCAGGCCGCUUGAAUCUUAGCGGGCUGUACCAUGUGGGUCGGACCUUGGGCAGGGGUCACUAUGCGGUGGUCAAACUGGCUCGCCAUGUCAACACGGGGCAGCUGGUUGCUAUCAAGAUGAUUGAUAAGACCAAACUUGACAUCAUGGCAACCAGCCAUCUCUUACAGGAAGUCAGAUGUAUGAGGCGGGUGCAGCAUCCCAAUGUGGUUCGCCUCUACGAGGUCAUCGACACACCCACCACCCUUUAUCUGGUCAUGGAGCUGGCUGAGGGGGGCGACCUGUACGAUUACAUUCUUCGCCAUGAGAGGGGCGUUGCUGAGGCCACUGCCAAACGUCAUUUUGCCCAGAUUUUGCGCGCUGUGGCGUAUUGCCACGAACUCCACGUGGUGCACCGAGACCUUAAACCGGAGAAUGUGGUGUUUUUUCCCCAGCAGGGGGCAGUGAAACUAACAGACUUUGGCUUCAGUAACUUAUUCCAACCUGGGACAAUGUUGGCCACCAGCUGUGGAUCCCUGGCAUAUUCCGCACCUGAGAUUCUGUUGGGAGAACAGUAUGACGCGCCGGCUGUGGAUAUCUGGUCUCUUGGAGUCAUCUUGUAUAUGUUAGUGUGUGGGGUUCCUCCCUUCCAAGAAACCAACGACAGUGAGACUCUGGUGAUGAUUCUGGAUUGUCGCUACUCCAUCCCCGACCACAUCUCAAGCGACUGCAGAGAUCUGAUCUCCAGGAUGCUCCAGAAGGAUCCAUCACACCGAGCAUCGCUGCAGGAGAUUGAGGCUCAUCACUGGUUACAGGGGAUGGAAAAUGUCCUGCUCAGUCCGGAGGCCCCUCCUCAUUGGCUGUCGGGGGCCCUCUCGCUGAGCACACCACGAUCAAGGGUGGUCGAGUGUGGUGACCUGCUCGCUGCGAAGCCUCAAUCUUUACCUGCACCACGGCAGCCCAACCUCAGCUACUCCCCGUGCCCGCCUCCUGCUGAGGAGCCGCGUGUCACCAAGAACCUCCCUGCUCUUCUGCAGAUCUGUGAGGAGGAGGAGGAAGAAGAAGAAGAGGAAGAGGAGAGCACUUUAGCCAAAGAAUAUGAAGGUUUGUUGUCUUUGUCAGUGACUGAGCCAGAGAGAGAAAGCAAGGACGGAGCAGACGAUGAAGAUGGCAGAGAAGCCGAAACGACAGAAGAGCAGGGAAAUCCAGCAGAGAUGUUGGAGACAGAGGAGGAUGGAACAGAGAUGGAGAUAGAACACACACAUAGUGGAUGUGUGAUCUCAGACCAACCAGUUGGUCACAUAGACAAUUUAGUGAGUCAGGCUCCUGAGAUCCCCCCUUCAUCUGAGCCUGGUUUGAGGGUGCCAUGCUGUCAGGGGUGGACAGAGUCCACCAGCCCAGAGAGAGACCACAACGAGGAAAGGGAACCCAACAACAACUUCAACAAACCUGCUCCAUCUGUGACGCUCAAACAACAAAAGACAAGCCGUGGAGGGAAGAAGAACCAAAGGACGGACACAAAUUUGAGGGAGGACUUGGUAACAGACAGAUCUCAGUCCCACAACGCACCAGGGUGCUGGGACGAGGCCGCCACGAGGAUGGACCCUGCAGGGAAACGGCACAGCAUCAAGCUACGUGAGCGACUCUUCCAGCUGCCGCUGUGUGAGAAAGCGCUGGCCUUCAACAUACCGACCAACAACAAAGCCAAGAUCCUCCCUCUGGCUCAGUACAACUGUUGCCAUGUGCUCUAAAUAACUUGGGACACAAACACACACACGCACGCCCGCACGCACACAGGCUGUGUGAGCUCCCAGCUGACUGAGCAGAGACACAGAGGCCUUCAGCACGCAAACACUAAAGCGCACAGGACACACACUUGUGCAGCAAACACCCACGUUAAGCUACAGUUAGUGUAGAGCACAGUCGCUUCAGUGUAGUCCAUCACCCACUUUGCUGCUUUGUGAGGGAACAACCACACAAUGACUGAAAGACUGUAGCAACCUCGCUGUACCUGCACUGAAGAAGGGAAGAUUGUCCCAAUGAGGUGCCUACAAGGAUGAAAGCUUCAGUGUCUAUGUGAUGUAAAACUCCAAAAAAGCACUUGUUUCUUCUUCUUCUUUCUUUUGCACAAGCCGCUUCUCUAGUUACAAAGCUCUUAAAAUAAGCUGAGAGACUGUUACAAUAUGUUAUGAUAUACUAUAUUCAUAUACUAUAAUAUGCCUCAGACUGAGAUGAUUGUAUCAUUCUCUGUCCUCUUCAUGUUCCAUCCAGUGACCCCUUUGCUCCAGCAGUUGCGUUCUAAGUGGAAUGCUGAAUUAGUUUGGACAACACUGUUUUACACGUGCAGAUGUGUCACUUACCAUUAUGGGAACCAUGUGACUUUGUGCAUGCUGUUACUGUUACGUACCACCAUAUACCUCCACGAUGUGUCUUGCAGGGCACCGCUGUUGUCCUCUUGUCACCUUGAUUGCACACAGUACAGUAUCUCGGAGGCUGGUAGCGUCCUACUGCUACCCUUUGUUACGUACUGUAUUGACAGAGGAGUCACUCCAUGUGGAUUUUUGUUUAGAUUGUGUUUUCUGUCUAUUCACAUCCAUUCAUGUCUUAUUUGAAGGUCAGAUAGUAAAUGUAGAUAUACUUUGUACAGUGAUAAGGACUGCAGAACAGCUUACUUUAUUACUGUAGUUUCAUGCCCAAAAUUGGUAUCUGAUCUGGGAUCAUAUUAGAGAAAGGGUGAAAUCUGAUUAUUGCUCAUACUUAAGCAGCACUGUAUGCAUAUAAUCUGUGCCAAGGACAGAUUGAAAGAAAGCUGUUAUUUCCACGUAGUUGCAGCCUGCCUCUCCCUGGUGUGUUGUGUCUACUGCUUUGGAAUUAUAGGACCUCGUCUCCCUGGGGCCAUUAACUUAUUUUUCUGUAUUUAUUUAUUAAAAUGGAUUAAAUCAAUGUAAAGGAUGUGUACUUUGUCAUUUUUCAAGGCAGGAUUCGCUUAGGAAAAAAAAGCUAGAAAUUGUCAUCAGCAGCUUAUUGUGACUUUAUUGUGAUACAACCAGACAACUGCUCUUUACAUCUUCAUUUAAACGUUACAUGCGGGACACUUCGUGUAAACAGUGCCUCCUGGUGGCCUCUAUUAUAAAUACACAUUGAGUUGCCACCGUUAUACUAUACUGUAAGCAUGAUAGUCUGCUAGCACUUAGGGUCAACAGUAAAAAUGUACAUCAAGGUAGAUUUUUGGUAACACUGCAGAGUCACGCAGUCACUAGAGCAGGGGUGAGCAUUUGAAUCCGGCCCGCCAGUUGCUUCCAAAGUAUUUAUAUCCAAAGCCACUGCACAUCCUUUAUUCAUGUACAUUCCGGUUGUCUUAUUCAGUAAAAAAAAAAAAAGAUGUUUAAAGUACUCCUGUAAAAAGGGACACAAGCACAUGACACAUGUAUGACACUUUUACAUAUAAAAUAAGACAAAUCCUUCCACGUGGACUGUUUUAUUAUAAAAUAUACUGAAUUAUAAACUUAAAUUACUGUGCGUUUAUCAAAUAUACACUAUGCCCCCCCGCCCCGGGCCAAUUUUGUUAACUCAAUGCGGCCCGCGAGUCAGAAACUUUGCCCACCCCUGCACUAGAGGCACGAUUUUUGCGUGUGUGCUGUACACGCAAAAAUAGCUCAUGUACGAAAGCAUAAGCACGUGUGUUUGUUGAGGGGAGGGUUCCCUCUUUGCUCGCAACACAAACACGGUCAGUGCCGUCCCAAACCCCGACCAUCAGAGCUUUCUUUUUUAUG